UGCUGUGCUGCAUACUCUUUGGCUGAUAUCUGAAAUCACUGAAAUCUUUCCAUAAUCCAUUUGCAUUGAUGAGAUUUUUUAAUUAGAUUAAAAUUUCUAAAAAUACUAUGGCUGAUAUAUUAAAAGUUUUGGUACAAGCUUCAGAAAAGGCUGCACGAAUAGCCAGAUCAUGUUGCGAGAAUUCGAGCGCUGAAACUUUACUGGUCGCCGAAAAGUGCGGAACGGAAGCUAACACUCGUUUUGAUAAGGAUUUUAAGACUGUUGCCGAUGUUUUGGCACAGGAAUGUGCGAAAGCGGUGAUAAUUUCGCAAUUUCCCGAGCUUAAUGGUCACGUUAGAGGUGAAGAGUGCCCCGAAAUUGGCGGUGUAACAAUAGGGUUACAAGGUACCAUCGAGAGCACUGCUCGAUUACUUAGCGGUGCACUACCACUGAUAACCGCCAGAAGAAUGGCAGAAGCAGCUCACAGUGACAUAUUUGAUAAUUUGCCUUCAUUACCAGUUGAUCUGCCUUUCAUUGACACUAGCGAUAUAGGUGUAUGGAUAGAUCCUAUUGAUGCUACAGCAGAGUUCAUAUCAGGAGUUAGAGGUGAUGCUAAACCUGGCCAUGGUCUCCCUUGUGUGACAGUACUGAUUGGCGCCUAUUUGAGGUCCACUGGUGAGCCUGUGAUUGGAGUUAUCAAUCAACCUUUUUAUAACAAUGGAAAAGGCCAUAUUGUAUGGGGUCUGCACUAUGGAAAAUUUAACUUAAGCUCUGAAGAUAUCCAGAAUUCAGAAGAUAAAGUAGUCCUUAUGAGUGGUGCAGAAAAACCAGAAAUUAUGGAGAAGUUUAAAGCUGCUGGAUGGGUUGUAAAAUCUCUUCCUGGUGCUGGUCAUAAGCUAAUGAAAGUAGCCCUUGGUGAAGCAUCUGCCUACAUUGUCUCACAGGGAACAACUUAUCGCUGGGACACAUGUGCGCCGCAUGCCAUAGUUCUUGCAAGGGGUGGUAAUGUAUUGUGUUACAAAAAUCAUGAGCCAAUCACAUACAACGACGGUAAAGAUCUUCAAACAAAAGAAUAUUGUAACAAGGAUGGAGUCAUAGCUUACAUAAAUGAAGCUGUUUUACAUGAAAUAAAAAGCAUACUUCAUAAACUGUCCUAAGUACAACAACAUUCAGUUUGUUAUGUAUAUGGAUUUCUGCUUUAGUCGGUUGUUUUUAGUCAUUAGCUGUUAAGUAAGUUAUUUAUCUCUUUAAAAAAGUGUAUUAAAUUUAUGUCCAGAAGAAUAUAAUAUGGAUUAUGCUUAAAAUGAAUAUAAUUAGGUUUUUUCCAUUUUGCUAUGUACCUGAAUUUUUGAUCUCAUUAAUUAAUUAUGCAUUUGAUAAGUGUUUGUCAUUGAUAAAGUUUAAGGCCAAUGCACACCUGCAGAGAGGAGUAAAGAUUUAGUGACUAAUAGUGGCGGCAGCGCGCCCUUGUAAGUCUCCUCCGUGUUUUGUUUUCAUUAUCAAUUGUAUGUCAAAGUGAACCAGGGACUUUGUCUGUGAUGGCGUUUGCUGGCGCGCGUGCUGUGCUUGUUUGG